CCUCAGGCAAUCGCGAUGGCUACACUAUCUUUGCGCAUCUCCAUACCAGAGAAGAAUGCCACCAAGAUGAUGCAAUUCGAUCCCAGCACAUCGGUGUAUGAUGCCUGUCGUAUCAUCAGAGAAAAACUCGCUGAGGCCAGUAACAUGGGUCAACCAAAAGAUUAUGGCCUGUUUCUUUCUGAUGAGGAUGUGAAGAAGGGAGUCUGGCUUGAGCCCGGGCGAAAUCUCGAUUACUAUAUAUUAAGGAAUGGAGAUCUACUCGAGUACCGUCGUAAGCUCCGUACACUUCGGGUCCGCAUGCUGGACGGAACGUUGAAGACUAUGUUGGUGGACGACAGCCAGCCAGUGGCUAAUCUCAUGGUAGUGAUAUGUACGAAGAUAGGUAUCACAAAUCACGACGAGUAUUCUUUGGUGCGUGAACUGGUGGAAGAUGAAAACGAUAAUCAAAAGCCUGGAAAUUUCGGCACCCUUACGUUGAAGAGAAAGAAAGAAGAGAAAGGCGAAAGAGAUACAAAGAUGGAGCAAUUGAGAAAGAAGUUAAAAACCGAUGACGAAGUAAAUUGGAUAGAUCCGAGUAAGACCUUGCGCGAACAAGGUAUAGACGAAUCCGAAACCGUUUUGUUGAGGAGGAAAUUCUUUUUCUCGGAUCAAAACAUCGAUAGUCGCGAUCCUGUACAAUUAUCGCUGUUAUAUGUGCAAGCGCGAGAUGCGAUUUUGGACGGUACGCAUCCAAUUACUCAAGAAAAGGCUUGCGUUUUUGCCGGAAUUCAAUGCCAAAUCCAGUUUGGCGAUCACAAAGAGGAGAAACAUAAACCAGGUUUCUUAGAUCUUAAAGAGUUUCUACCGCAAUCGUACGUGAAAGUGAAAGGAAUCGAAAAGAAGGUCUUCGCGGAACAUAAGAAGCAUAUUGGACUCUCAGAGUUGGACGCCAAAGUUCUGUAUACUAAAACCGCCAGGUCACUGAAUACGUACGGUGUCACGUUUUUCUUGGUGAAGGAAAAGAUGAAGGGCAAGAACAAACUAGUACCGCGUCUGCUCGGCGUGACAAAGGAUUCGGUCCUGCGACUCGACGAGAAGACGAAAGAAAUUCUAAAGACGUGGCCGUUGACGACCGUGCGGCGGUGGGGCGCCUCACCGAACACCUUUACCCUUGAUUUUGGUGACUAUUCCGAUCAGUAUUAUAGUGUACAGACUACCGAAGCAGAGCAGAUACUCCAGUUGAUUGCUGGUUAUAUUGACAUUAUCCUGAAGAAACAGAAAGCGAAAGAUCACUUCGGUAUUGAGGGAGAUGAAGGAUCUACUAUGGUGGAGGAUAGCGUGUCGCCACUAAAAGCCACCAUCAUGCAACAUGAGACUAGUAAUGUCGGUAAAGGCAAUGUAGAAGCUGUUUCAGUCGCAAUACCAGCUGUUAUGAGAGCUGGAGGAGAUGGGGCUCGACCAUAUGGAACCGGUCACAUAGGUGGUGCCCAGUACACGACCGUCAGUGGACAGGUGAACAUCGCUCAUGCUCCGCCCAUGGUCCAACAAACUAAGGUGACAUCCGUCCUAUCUGAACCGCAACGUGCCUUAUUAUCAACUAUCACCGCUGGUCACGAGGUGAUCCAUAUUGCUGAGACAGAACUGAUCACAAAGGCUCAAUUACCCGAACUCGGCACGGAUCCGGCGUCCCUAAGAUGGAUCGAACAAACGAUCGACACUCACAAACAGAACGUGGGAUCGCAGAUCGCAGCAAUGAACGCUGCGACUGCCCAGGUAGUCACGUUAACUUCCGGACCAGCAGACGACGUCGAUCAUACGGCAGUGGGAGCAGCGAUUACUACGAUCGCCACGAAUUUACCUGAAAUGACGAAAGGCGUACGAAUGAUUGCUGCUCUCAUGGAUGAUGAGUCAUCCGGCGAGCGGCUAUUAGACGCUGCCAGAAAACUAUGUUCUGCAUUCUCGGAUUUACUGAAGGCCACGGAACCUGAGACUAAGGAGCCGCGGCAGAAUCUAUUAAAUGCGGCAUCACGAGUGGGUGAAGCGUCGCAUCAAGUAUUGACAACUAUUGGCGAGGAGGAUGACUCGAAUCGGGAGUUGCAAGAUAUGUUACUCGCGCUUGCUAAAGCCGUGGCCAAUACCACUGCUGCUUUAGUAUUGAAAGCAAAAAAUAUAGCAGCUACAUGUGAAGACUCUGCCACGCAGAAUAGAGUAAUAUCAGCUGCAACUCAGUGCGCACUGGCUACAUCUCAGUUGGUAGCUUGCGCCAAGGUUGUAGCGCCGACUUUACACUCGCCCGCGUGUCAGACGCAACUGAUGAAUGCCGUUCGCGAAGUAACUAAGGCUGUGGAACGCCUGGUUCAAGUCUGCAACGAGAUGUGCAGCGACGAAAACUUACUGAAGGAGUUGAGCAUUGCCGCUGCCGAGGUCAGUCGUACCUUAAACGAUCUUCUUAAUCACAUUAAGACGGCUACUAGAGAACGUGCUAAGGAAUCCAUCCAGGAAGGUGCGGUGGAAACUAUUUUGGUUGCAACAGACAGGCUAUUUGCUAGCACUGGCGAUGCCGGUGAGAUGGUACGACAGGCGAGAGUGGUCGGUCAAGCAACCGCGCAAUUGAUUCAGAGUAUCAAAGGUGAGGCAGAGAGACAGACAGACUCAGAACAGCAACAGCGUCUACUGGCAGCGGCAAAGCUACUUGCCGACGCCACUGCCAAGAUGGUGGAGGCGGCACGACAGUGCGCUAGCAGUCCGCACGACGCAAAGAUGCAAGAUCAACUGCGCCAAGCAGCGGAAGAGUUGCGAGCUGCGACUACAGCGGCAGCAACUCCGGCGUUACGUAGAAAACUUAUCACGCGUCUAGAGGUGUGCGCCAAACAGGCCACAUCUACGGCCACGCAAUGUAUUGCGGCUUCUUCUGGUGCCGGCCACCAUAACACUAAUCCGGCCAGCCAGGAGGAGCUUAACAUGGAAUGUCGCAUGAUGGCGCAGCAAAUUCCAUAUCUCGUAUCGGGAGUGAAGGGCACGCAGGCACAGCCGGAUAAUUCUACGGCACAGUUGAACCUGAUAAAUGCUUCCGAGCAGUUUCUACAACCAGGCACCGCUGUCGUGAAGGCAGCCAGAGCCGUUCUGCCGACUGUCACCGAUCAGGCAUCCGCCAUACAGCUGAAUAACACUUCACAGCAAUUGGGAUCCUCGUUAGCGGAUCUUCGAUCGGCAGUGACGCGCGCCAGGGAAGCCUGUGGCGGAUUAGAGCUCGAUGCCGCGGAGGAACUGAUAAAUAGCCUGAAGGAAGAACUAGGCGAGUUUUAUCGCGCCGUCGAAGCUGCCUCGCUACGACCGUUACCGGAAGAGACUACUGAAUCAACCGCGUUACGACUCGGUGCCACGUCUAAGAACGUUGGAUUUGCUAUGGCGCAGCUGUUAUCUGCUGCUAAGCAGGCUAAUGAGAAUUACACCGGAAGCGCAGCUAGAGAAACCGCGUCUGCCUUGAAAGAUCUCACGUACGCCGUACGUGGUGUAGCCGCCACAUCCAAUCAGCCGGAAACGCAAAAGAAGGUGCUGAUGACAGCAGACGAUGUGAUCCUGCGAUCGCUACGAUUGGUGAAGGAAGCUCGACGUGUACUGAAGAAUCCCGAUGAUCCUGAGAACGAGGCCAAUCUAGCUGCGGUCGCAAAAGAUGUUUCCAGUUCACUGAAUAAGUGCGUGUCCUGUCUACCGGGACAGAGAGAUGUCGACGAAGCAAUAUGCAAUAUCGAAGAUAUGGCUCAAGUGCUUAACUUGAACGAGUUUCCGCAAACAAGCAAGAAUUAUGGGCAAUUGCAGAGCGAUCUCAACACUGCUGCCGCCAAUUUGAACGAUGCAUCAUCGAAUGUAGUGUCAUCCGUACGUUCACCUGUGCAGCUUGCAAAUUCAUCGAGACAAUUUACCAAUGCUUUUGGAGAUCUGUUGGGUGUGGGUAUGGAGAUGGCAAGUCAGACAACGGUUGAAACCCGUAGUCAGGUGAUAGUAUCGUUGAAGAAUGUUAGUAUGACGUCCAGCAAACUUCUCAUGACCGCCAAAUCGAUCGCGGCUGACCCCACUGCUCCAAAUGCGAAGAAUCAACUCUCGGCGGCGGCUCGUGCAGUCACCGACUCUAUAAAUUAUCUAGUUGACGUGUGCACCUCGGCUGCGCCCGGACAGAAUGAGUGUGACAAUGCUAUUAGAAAUAUUCAAUCCAUGCGAUCUUUGUUGGAUAAUCCAAGCGAGCCCAUCUCCGACGCCUCAUAUUUCGAGUGCUUAGAAACCGUUAUGGAAAAGAGCAAGAGCCUCGGGGAUGGUAUGACCGGCAUUGCAAAUCACGCGAAGAAAUCGGAACACGAGCAGUUUUCCAUUGCAGUUCGCGGAGUUUCCUCUUCGAUUUGCGGCUUGAUUGAAGCAGCGGCUCAAGCGGCCUAUCUAGCGGGUGUGAGCGAUCCCACGUCGGUAGCGGGUAAACCGGGUCUUGUGGAUCAAGCGCAAUUCCUGCGAGCAGCACAGGCCAUUCACAGUGGUUGUCAGAGUCUCGGUAACCCGACCAGUACGCAACAGCAAGUGCUUUCGGCUGCUACUAUGAUUGCCAAGCAUACUAGCGCACUUUGUAACGCCUGUAGACUCGCGUCCAGCAAAACUAGCAACCCGGUAGCCAAGCGGCACUUUGUUCAGUCUGCCAAGGAUGUCGCCAAUUCAACAGCGUGCCUUGUUAAGGAAAUCAAGGCGCUCGAUCAAAAUUAUUCCGAUAUCAACCGUGAAAAGUGUGCAGAAGCCACGAAACCAUUACUCGAGGCGGUCGAUAAUCUUUGUACGUUCGCGGGUUCUCCUGAAUUCGCGAGCCAGCCGGCCAAGAUAUCUAUUGCAGCUAGAGCCGCCCAGGAGCCGAUUACCAGCGCUGGUAAGUCCAUUAUCGACGGUUCGUGCGCUAUGGUACUGGCGGCCAAGAGUCUCGCGGUCAGUCCGAAGGAUCCGCCGACCUGGCAGCUGUUAGCCAAUCACAGCAAGAGUGUCAGUGAUUCAAUCAAAUCACUAGUAGCGUCGAUCCGUGAUAAGGCGCCUGGUCAGAAAGAAUGUGAUGCCACGAUUGAAAAGUUGUCGGCACGAAUACGCGAACUGGACGCCGCUUCACUGAGCGCAGUUUCACAGGCACUGAUGCCGCGCCGCGAAAAUACCGUUCAGGGAUUCACAGAUCAGAUGGAGAGCAGUGCAAGCGAAUUACGCGAGAAACUAGAGCCGUUACGUACUGCAGCCAAGUAUGAGGCAGAGAAUGUUGGCCACGCUGUUAAUCAGAUCGCCCUUUAUUCGGAACCACUCGUUUCCGGUGCAAUCGGUGCUGCGUCCAAUAUGGUACACUCAAAGCAACAGAUGGUGUUGUUGGAUCAGACGAAGACCGUAGCUGAAUCUGCGUUGCAACUGAUUUAUGUCACCAAGGAAUCCGGCGGCAACCCGAAGGCUGUUGCACUACAUACUGAGGUGGACGAGACCGUCGAAUCCACUAAAGACGCUCUUCAAGAGCUACAGAACACCUUGGAGACUAUAUCGACUUCUGCGGGUAUCGUUACUGGUUUGAUCGACACGAUUUCUCGUGCGAUGGUGAGAUUGGAGGAUCAUCGUAUGUCCACUAUCGAUACUGUAGAUUCUUAUGUGGAUUAUCAGACAAGGAUGGUUGAAGCUGCCAAAGAGAUCGCUCGAUUAGCACAAGAGAUGUCUACCAAAUCAAGCACCGACGUAGCCAGAUUAGGACCUCUAGCAGUUGAUAUAUCACACAAGUACACUCAACUCGCUCGCGACACUUCCGGAGCAUCCGCGGCUGCCUCUAAUGCUGAUGUAUCCGCCAGACUUCGUACCGGCGUUCAAGAACUCGGCCGGGCUUGCGCGGAUAUUGUUCGCGCCGCCGGCACAUGUCAGAUGUCAUCCGGUGACGCGUACGUUCAACGAGAGGUCGCGGAGCAUAGUAAAAUCGUAACUGAGAAGGUAUCGCAGGUAUUAGCCGCAUUACAGGCGGGCUCGCGCGGCACUCAGGCAUGCAUCAAUGCUGCCAGCACAGUUUCUGGCAUUAUUGGCGAUCUCGACACCACCAUCAUGUUCGCCACCGCUGGUACGCUGCAUGCUGAGAACGAGGGUGACACGUUCGCCGAUCAUCGCGAGAACAUAUUGCAAACUGCGAAAGCCCUGGUAGAAGACACGAAGACAUUAGUGGCUGGAGCAGCAUCUUCGCAGGAACAACUAGCUGUCGCAGCACAGAACGCUGUAUCGACAAUUGUUCAGCUUGCCGAGGUUGUCAAAUAUGGUGCAGCCAGUUUGGGCAGUCAGAAUCCAGAGGCCCAAGUGAUGCUAAUCAAUGCCGUGAAGGACGUUGCAUCUGCACUCGGCGAUCUGAUACACGCCACCAAAGCUGCCAGUGGCAAACCCAUCAAUGAUCCCAGUAUGGCGCAUCUAAAAGAUUCCGCCAAGGUAUUAGAACAGCAGCUGCAGCAGCAGUUCGUGCAUCUGAGCGACGUCGGCGGCUCGGAAUCGGAAUGGUUCGUGUCUGAUCAAGAGGAGGAACUAAUUCGUCUGCUAUCCACUUCUGAAAGCUCUCAGCCGACUCAACGGACGUCUGACUUGGUAAUGGUGACCAAUGUAACAUCGUUGCUGAAAACGGUGAAGGCCGUGGAGGACGAACAUACGCGUGGUACAAGAGCGUUGGAGUCCACAAUCGAGGCUAUAGCUCAAGAGAUCCGAGCGCUCAGCAGCUCAGAGACACAGAGGAGCAACGUAACGCCAGAGGAUCUCGUGCGUUGCACGAAGAGCAUCACUAUAUCAACGGCGAAGGCGGUCGCCGCUGGCAACAGCUGCAAGCAGGACGAUAUAAUUGCCGCCGCCAAUAUGGGUAGAAAGUCCAUCAGCGAUAUGCUGACCAUCUGUAAGGGCGCGGCCCACAAUUGCGCCGAGACCACCGAGCUGUGUGAACGUACCCUUCAGGCGGGACACGAUGUCGCGAUCAAUUAUCGGGAAUUGCUUCAAGCCAUCCUGCAGAUAUCGUCGAGAUCCGGUGACAAGCAUAUUUUGCCAGCGAUCUCGCGCAAAAUCGCGCAAAGUGUAACGGAACUGGUGGCGGUAGCGGAGCUGUUGAAAGGCAAUGAUUGGGUCGAUCCUGAUGAUCCUACGGUGAUCGCAGAAAACGAAUUACUCGGGGCAGCUGCCAGUAUCGACGCAGCCGCAAAGAAAUUGGCCAGUUUAAGACCGAGGAGAAGCAUUCAGGAGGCUAACGAAGACAUGAAUUUUGAUGAAAUGAUUCUGGAAGCCGCUAAAUCAAUCGCCGCCGCCACUUCGGCGUUGAUAAAGGCCGCUAGUGCCGCUCAACGAGAACUCAUCGCGACUGGUAAGGUAUCACGCACGCCACUGACCAGUUCUGAUGACGGACAAUGGUCCGAAGGGCUGAUUUCGGCCGCUCGAAUGGUUGCAGCCGCUACUCACAGUCUCGUAGAAUCCGCGAACGCUCUCGUUCAAGGAGUAAGCUCCGAGGAGAAAUUGAUUUCCAGCGCUAAGCAGGUUGCUAGCAGCACGGCGCAACUGUUGGUCGCUUGCAAGGUCAAGGCCGACCCUGACAGCGAGAGCACAAAACGACUACAAGCGGCUGGUAAUGCCGUAAAACGUGCUACCGAUAAUCUCGUACGUGCCGCGCAACAGGCUAUCCAGCAAGAAGAAGACAGGUCGUUAGUCCUGAACCGCCGUAUGGUCGGUGGUAUCGCGCAGGAAAUCGACGCACGCUCGGAGGUUUUGCGAAUUGAACGCGAGCUGGAGGAAGCCCGAGGCAGGCUGACCGCUAUUCGUCUAGCUAAAUAUAAGAAUCGGCCGGAUUUAGCUGACGGGGACGGUGAGGUAGCGGGCGAUCAGAGCGGCUAUCAAAGUUACACCACUCGGUACGAGACGAAGGCGUACGAACCACAAACUUCGCCCAUUCAAACAAUGAAUUAUACUUUGGACCAGUUGCAGUCCACUACGCAGCAUAUUAGUCAAUUUGCCGAUCAACAGAACCUGGUGAGUCCCGAGAAGGUACAUUCGACGCAGAGCACCCUUGAGAGAAAGAUGAAGGACAGUCAGUACAGAUCUACUGUCGAUCAAUAUGGAUCCUUGGACAGAAAAUACAUUGUCGAUAGUUAUCAAGACAAAAGUCCGUACAUUGUUACCGAGAGAAAGAUUAUAACGGACAAUUCACCCGGCCAGUAUAGUUCGAUUGAGCGAAGAAUCAAUCAGGAGAGUUACGCUACGGAUAGAAAACACACGGACGGUAUCGCUUCGUAUCCGCCACCUCAACACAUCUCAUAUACGACGAAAUCCCCGACUCUCAAGACCGUACAGGAACAGAUCGCCGAAGAUCGAAAGUCCCCGCAGGAUCAACCGAAAUAUCCGACUGAUCGAUUUUCAGGCGUCAGUCCAAUGAGUACGUUUCGUUCCGAGAAGCAAGUGGACACUCAACGAUUUAGUAGUGGUAUUCCACAGCAUCAGACAUUUAAAAAUAUUGAGAGUAAGACCAUUCCCGGUCACAAAAUCGAGACCGUCACGACGAAGGUAUAUACGUCCUCACCCGGUAAGAAUAUCAGCAGCUCCAACUAUGAGACUACUGAGGAGACCAAGCAAUUCACAUCCGGCAAUGAUUUGUCGACGUUCAAAGGCAGCGAUAACGUCGAAGAGCGUACAAUGAAACAAUCGAUGCACAAAGUCACGGAGAAAAAGACCGUCACCAUGACGAUGUCGAGUCGACAGGAGUCCUCCAACACGAAGACUUUCCGUUACGAGGACAAACAGUGAAAAACGAAAAUAAGUGGAGCCCUCUGUACGUAAUUAGAAGUGGUAAUAUUGUCCGAAGAUAAUCUUAAGAAAAGCGAUUUGUCUAAAUCGAGCCUAAAAAUGCAAUAUAAAAAUCGCUAAAGUACAGAUAAAAUUAUUUUAAUACAAUAGAUAAUUUUCUUACAAUUGAGAGAGAUUAACGAGCUUUAAAAUCAAGAUUGAAAUGAAAAUAAUGCAAUGGCAGUUUUUCAUAACGAUAAAGAUGAACUUUAACAAGGACCUCGCCAAUUUCGUCGGGAAUCUCUGUUUCUCGUUAAGAGUCUACGUUAAAAUUUAUCGCCUCUUCAACGCUUCGAAACGAGGAAGAAUGCGGCAGAGUUAUUUAUUAGCGAAACGAUAGAAAGUGUCCUUAGAUACAUGUAGUGUAUACUUGUGCUUUCGAUCAGUAGCCUUACGAACAUAUUUAACAUGGAUGUUUCGCGACUAUAAGCCAUGGAUCGUUUUUCGAUAGCCAUAUAACUGGAAUCUUACAAGACGCGAGUUGAUGUAAUAUUAUACAGGAAUUGCUGAUCAAAUACAGGAAAUGCUGAUCGCUUUUAUAUUCGUAUAGUAAGUUUUCCGUUUCUUUUUAUUUUUUUCGCUUAUACAUUUAUUCGGGGAUGUUAGGAGAUAAUUAUGUGCUUGAUUUAAUAUAGAACUAAUUUUAUGUUUACUCAUUUUAUGGUUAAGAACCACUGGAUUAACAAGAGAAGCAACAUAUCAUUUAAUUUUAUUAAUUUUUCCGCUGUCGCAUGAUGUCGAGAUAGGCUCGGCGUGGUGACGCGGCACUGCUAUUAACACUUUCCAUUUUCUCGAUUAACUCUCCCUUUCUGGCGUUUUAUUGCGUCUCUAUUUAUAUUUUGAGAAUCUUCCACAGACUCGCCAAAAAUACUGAUUCUUUAUCCCUUCCCUAACUCUUUUCUUCUAGCGCAGUUCUACGUAUGUUAAUCUGUAGGUGGUAUCUCGUUCUCAAAUUGAAUUUAUUAAUUGAACUUACUAAUGGGUUCAUGUUUUCAAACCCAGUUAAGGCUUCUGCGAGUGAUCGAUUUAGAGCAAUUAGAA